GAAACGACUUUUUCGACGAUGGACGACCUCUCGGGGCUCGAUUGGUCCAAGACCACUACCAGCCAGCCCAAGCCGCCUCCCAUGAACCCCUCCUUCUCCUCGCUGCGACCGACCCCCUCGCCGUUCAGCUCUGGACGAAGCACGCCGGCGUCCGCAAACGCAUCGACGGGCUCGCUGCCCAAGGCCGCGCCGCCAAAGCCGGCACAAGAUAGCUUUAGCAAUCUGAUGAGCUUUGGCUCGGCAAAGUCGAACCAGAACCUGACCCUCGCGGAGCGACAAGCACAGCUCGAAGCCGAGAAAAGGAGAAAGGUCGAGGAACAGCGAAGGCAGACCGAGGCACAGUUUGGCAGCGGCCAGCAGUGGGAUGCGCUGGGAUCGCGAGCGUUCACGCCGAGUCCGGGCCUGCAGCCGCCCGCGCCUUCUAACGGAGCCAAGCGCGACGAUGACGACCUCUUCGCUGCGUUUAACAAGGACACCGCGGUUGACAAUUCCAGCCAUUAUCCGCCCCCCGAGUCGAAAGGCUCGAUUCCGGCGAACGGCACUGGCCUAGACUUGAGCAAACCGACAGCUUGGGGCCCAACCGCCGGCUCAUCUGGGGACUUCCCCGUUGACGACGACGAUCCGUUUGGUCUCAACGAGUUGAAACCAGCUGGCGGAGCCCCAGCAGCGACGUCGACGAAUGCGCUUGACGAUGACGACUUUCUUGGCGAUCUUGGAAGGCCAGUAGAUGAGGUGCGCAAGAAGCAGCAGGCUGCGGUGCGUGCCGAGCCUGGCAAGCCCAUCGAGGAUGACGACUCGAGCUCGUCCGACGAAGCUCCGCAGCCGCCGCGACGGGCGCCGCAGUCGCGGCCCGGAGCAAACAAGGAACUUGACAGAGCUAUAGCGCAACUGGUCGACUAUGGUUUCUCCCCAGAAGAUGCCCGUCGGGGUUUAUCGGAGAGCGGGGCUGGCCUCAAUGUACAGGCGGCGGCAAACUGGCUCUUGGAUGAUGCACACCGCAAAGCGAAAGAAAAGGCACAGGGCAGGAGUUCAUCCACUGGGUCAGGUAGGGCUCCGGCGCAAACGGAGCAGAGAUCCGGCAACAAGGGUGACGCCGACUUUACCAAAUCGGCGGCCGCCGUGGGUAGCAGCUUGUUCAAGACCGCCAACUCGCUGUGGAAGACGGGACAGAAGAAGGUGCAGAAGGCAGUAGCCGACUUCAACCAGGAAGGUGACCCGAGCCAGCCCAAGUGGAUGCGCGACGCCCAACUGCAGCAAAGCCGCGCUCAAGAUGAGAGGAGAGCAGCUGCGCAGGCCACAGACGAAGCAAUGGCUUUGGAGGCCGGCGGGCGACCCAACCCUGCCAGGUCUAGCAGCAGGCAAGCAGCAGAUCCAAGGAUGGCCGCAGAAGCGGGACGUCGAGCGUCUCCAAAUCCGUCCUCCGGAACACAAAGCAGAGGCAGCCCAGUCCCGCGGUGGCAGCAGCAGAGCGCAUCACCGGCGCCAUCCGACGCCCGGUCACGCCUCAACAGGCUCGCUGCCGACGACGACAACUUCUCCAGCUAUGUAAGCGCAAAUAGGAGAAAGAAGACGGCGUCGCCGGCCGAGCAACCCAAGCAGGAGCCGGAACCCGACCUUCUCUUCAACACGCAAGCACCCAAGGCCCAGGCCAUUCCCCAUCGCCCAGCACAGCGGAAUACGCCGCCACCUGCAAGGCGCGCGCAGGCCGCCCCGACACCUCCGCGGCAUGCGACGCCGCGACCUGCGCGCCAAGUUCCCCCAAUGGAUCCGUCUGCGCUCCAGAGUUCCACCAAGCACAGGCUUGAAGGAACAGCCCACUUCAAGCGCGGAGACUUUGCGAUGGCUCACUCGUCUUAUUCAUCAUCUAUGAACGCGAUCCCCGGUGCGCAUCCGUUGAUGGUGGUGCUCCUGACGAACCGGGCCCUGACCGCACUAAAGACCGGCGAGCCGAAGCAGGCCGUGUCUGACGCCGACGAAGCCCUCAAAAUCAUCGGGCCCAGUAAUGGACAGGGUGAGAGCGUCGCUGUAAAGGGGGAGAGCGGGCAGGACGAGCAGAGGGACAUGAAAGAACUCUACGGCAAGGCGUUGAGUCGCAAGGCCGAAGCGCUGGAGCAAAUGGAGAAGUGGGCAGACGCCGGGGCCGUGUGGCAGCAAUGCGUCGAGGCCGGCGUCGGCGGGGCGACGGCCGUCAAGGGUCGACAGCGCUGCCAGAAUGCGCUCGCGCCCAAUCCCAAACCGGCAGCCAGGCCGGCGGCCAUGCCGAGGCCGAAGCCGUCGGCCACGGCGAGCCUGGCGCCGCAAAAGAGCUCCGAGGCCGUCACGCGACUGCGUGAGGCGAACCAGGCGGCGGCGAGGGAGGACGAUGAGAAGUUUGCGCUAUCGGAAGCGGUCGACGGUAGGGUCUCGGCCUGGCGAGACGGGAAGCGGGACAACCUCCGGGCCCUGCUGGCCAGCAUGGACAAGGUGCUGUGGGAAGGGUCUGGGUGGAAGAGCGUCGGGAUGCAUGAGCUCGUCAUGGCCAACAAGGUCAAGAUUGUGUACAUGAAGGCCAUUGCCAAGACGCAUCCAGACAAGCUGCCGCAGGACGCAAGCACCGAGGUGCGACUGAUUGCCGGGUUGGUGUUUAGCACGUUGAACGAGAGCUGGGAUAAGUUCAAGGCCGACAACGGCCUCUAGCAUGGAAUCGAGCGGCGUUUGAUUCCCAUAGAAGCCACGCAUUGGACAGUCGGAGACGUAGAAAGAGAUGAAGAGCUGCCAUUGAACACCACGCC